UAUCUCACUAAAUAGAAAACGUAUCUGAAUUUUUUCUAUUCUAAUUCUGAUGGAUUGGAUGAGUUUCAUUCUAUGUCAACUUCCUAGUUGUGUUAUAACCUAGAAGUUAGAACUAAAAUAUACUAUAUACAUAUAUAGAUAACAAGCACUCAAAAUAGCAAGAAAGAAAAAAAAUGGGAAGGUUUCUUCUGUCGUCGCUGAAGGAGGCAGCUGUUGUAGCGGCGGCGACCACCGCAGCAGCAGCUGGAGGACAAUCACUGUUAGGAAGCAUAAAGAUAGCAGUUUUGCCAGUAGCAAAAGUAUUCACUUUGUGUUUCCUGGGUUUCUUAAUGGCUUCCAAGUAUGUUGAUAUCUUUCCUGCAAAUGGCAGAAAGCUUUUAAAUGGGUUAGUGUUUACACUUUUGCUGCCGUGUUUAAUCUUUUCUCAACUCGGACAAGCUAUUACUCUACAUAAAAUGCUUCAAUGGUGGUUUAUUCCGGUGAAUGUUUUCUUAGGCGCAGUCUCUGGCUCUAUAAUAGGUUAUGUUGUUGUCACCUUAGUCAAACCUCCAUAUCCAUACUUCAAGUUCUCAAUCAUACAGAUUGCAAUUGGAAACAUUGGGAACGUACCACUUGUUCUGAUUGCAGCUUUAUGUAGAGAUACAUCCAAUCCUUUUGGCGACACUGAAACAUGUAGCACUCAGGGAACUGCAUACAUUUCAUUUGGACAGUGGGUUGGUGCAAUCAUUCUCUACACAUAUGUAUUUCAUAUGUUAGCCCCUCCCCCGGAAGGUACUUUUGACAAUGAAGAUGGGAAUGUUCCCCUUAAGAUCCCUCAGAAGGAUGGCUCUCCAGAGAAUGUUCCAUUGCUGGAGCAAGAGGCUUCAUCAAUGGAUUCAAACAAUUCAAACAAAGGAAAGAUGAAAAGUUUUUUACUGUUUGUUUAUGAAAAGUUAAAGCUUAAACAAAUCCUUCAACCCCCUAUUAUUGCAUCUAUCCUAGCUAUGGUAAUAGGUGCAGUGCCGGUUCUGAAGAAAAUAAUAUUUACACGAGAUGCUCCACUUUAUUUCUUUACUGACAGUUGUAUAAUUCUUGGGAAAGCUAUGAUUCCAUGCAUCUUGUUGGCAUUAGGAGGCAACCUUGUUGAUGGACCAGGGCCUGGAAGUUCAAGAAUUGGUGUCCGAACACUGGUGGCUAUUAUAAUUGGGCGGUUAAUCUUGGUGCCUCCUGCAGGGCUGGGCAUUGUAACACUGGCUGAUAAGCUUGGUUUCCUUCCUGCUGAUGAUAAAAUGUUCAGAUUUGUCUUACUCCUUCAGCAUUCUAUGCCAACAUCUGUCCUUUCUGGUGCUGUUGCUAAUUUAAGAGGUUACGGAAAGGAGGCAGCAGCUUCGUUGUUCUGGGUUCAUAUAUUUGCAGUUUUCUCCAUGGCAGGAUGGAUUAUUCUCUAUCUCAACAUACUCUUUUAAAACUAGCAAUCACCAGUCCUUCUGGUAACUAACAGCCUGAGAGAGCGAGUAGAUUAGAUGGAUGGUUUGUCAGGCCCUGCAACCAUGAAUACUGCUGAUAGUAUUUUAUUUUAUCUCUUGAUACCAUUUCUGUAUCAGCUGAUUGUUACAUAUUCAUGUUAAUGUUCAUACCAUCAAACAUGGGAAUGGAUGGAUGGACUUAAAUUUAGUUUUUUAUGAAGCCACAAAUUUUAAAAUUAUUUAGUAAUCAAUUCCAUGGCCUCCACUCAGGAGGAGGGCUUACCAAUGAAAGAUUGCAGAAAUGUUUUAUA